AUGUCAGAACCUUCGGGAUUCGGAAAAUAUUAUCUUUUAUGUUAUAAUAUUGUUCAGACAUUAGGGUGGUUUUAUUUAUUAUGGCAGUCUUUAGAACACUUUUUAAAUCGAGGUACCCUAGACACAUAUUGGGCUGUUAUCAAAUGGACUGUUAUAAUUUUCCAAAAUGCAGCAGUUUUAGAGAUAUUACAUGCAGCUUUAAAGUUAGUUCCAUCUAGUGUUUUCGUAGUUCUAAUGCAAGUGUAUUCCCGCGUGUUCUUAGUUUGUGGGGCUUUAAUGGCAACAAAUGGUGCUACGACUAGCCCUGGUCUACCCCUCUGCAUACUUGCUUGGUCUAUUACUGAAAUUAUUCGAUAUGCUUAUUAUGCACUAAAUUUAAUCAAUGUAGUGCCUCAAUCUCUAAUAUUUUUAAGAUAUUCGACAUUUCUGGUAUUGUACCCACUUGGGAUAACAGGAGAGCUCCUUUGCAUGUACCAUUCCCUAGAUGAAAUUGCUGAAAAGAAACUGAACAAAAAAAAUGAAGCUUAUCAUUUAUUAAUUGAAAAACUAAAAGAGGUGGACCCAAGUACAAAUAGUGACAUGGUGACAAAAAAAAAUAAUUCUUUGCGAAAUGACGAAGAAACUGUUCGAAAUCCAAUAUCAAAUAUUAUGGACUCCCUGGAAUAUGAGGAUAACACCGAUACGGCUUCAAAUACCAGACUUUCAGAGACCGGAUCAAACGCUUCACCUUUAAUUAACUCUCCUUUAGAGUGUCAACCAUCAUCACAAGCAUCUGCAAGUGAUAGCAAUGACUGUGGCGGAAUGAAUGUGGCGGAAAGCGAAGAAGAGAAUUGGACGACACAAUAUCGUCUAUAG